AUGUCUGAUCCAGGACAAAAUUCUAUCAUAAAGAAGACCAGGAGGAGGAGUAAAGUGCCUGAAAAUGAACGUCUUCGGAAAGCCAUCGCUUGCACGGAGUGUCAGAGACAGAAGUCGAAGUGUCUUGGUGGAUUCCCGUGUGACAGAUGUACUUCGAAAAACAUCACUUGCAAAAGUACACCUUAUGUCCGCGUAAGUGAAGAAGCGCUGCUUGAGAAGGAGGAACGGCUUUCAUAUAUGGAUGCUAUCAUCAAGGCUACGUUUCCCGGAAUCGGCACUAAUUUAGAUCAGCUCAAGUCGAAACUGGCUGAGCUGAAUGGAGAUAUAAAGGCCAGGGAAUUGAUCAAACACAUUGAUCUACAUAACGUCCAGCAAGUGGAUAACAACGAAAGUCACACCUUUUACGAGGACGCGGGUUCAACAUCCAGUUUCGUAAUGCGUGCACGCGAAAUAUUCUCGCAUGAAGCUCCGUUUACGGAGCCCUUGAAUCAGCAAACUCCUAAUUUAUCCUUUGGGCACAGUUCAGGGAAUAUACCGGGGGAAGCUUCGACUGUUCAGUCAAGUUUGCUUGAUAGGGCCCUCUCUAAUCUCCCCUCAUUAGAGGAUGCCACAGGGCUCAUUGACACUUUCAUAUCUGUUGCCGGCAAUAACACUUUCUUCUAUUUUGAUUUCGCUUGGUAUCGGAGCAUCUUCCACAGAGUUUACCAUAGGAGGUCGGAAAUUGGGCUGAAAGACUUGAACAGCGUUUGUCUUAUUUACAUGGGAUUUUGCAUGGGCUCCAUCUUUGCUUAUGUUUGGAAAAGCAGCGACCUAUUAGCGAAGAAGGUACCUGGUUCAUUUCCAGGAUCUAUCUAUUAUGAACACGCUCAGCUGCUUUUCCCUGCUGUGAUUAACGACAGUUCUAUAGAAACGGUGCAGACCUUUUUUUUGGCUUCAAUGUAUGUCUUGGCUGGACAAGAGCUCGAAAUGGCUUAUACAUACCUAGGUGUGGCAAUGAGAGCAGCUGUGGCAAACGGGAUACACAAGAGGUUUCCUUCCGGGCCUGAUUGCGACGAAAAAAAGGCCGAGUCUCGACGAAGACUGUUUUGGAGCGUCUACACAAUUGAGAGACGCUCUGCAAUAGCUUUAGGGCGUCCAGAAACGCUGCCGGUCUCUGAAAUAGAUCUAGACCUUCCAACGUAUUGUGAGUCCUUGGACAAAAACUCCGAAAACGCUGAUGUCACUUGUAUGACUCUCAUCUUCACAGUGUCUCUUCUUACAAUCAAAAUUCAUGAUCUGUGGUUCAGAAGAGGUAAACAUGAAUUCAAAUUUGCUACAAUCAUGGACCUUUACCACAGUAUAGGGCGAUGGCGUCGACAAAUCCCACCUCAACUUGAGGUGAAGUCAAUGUCCAUUGAAGAAAGAUCGUAUAGGGGAGCGGCUCACGUACACUUUGCUUAUAACAUAGCCAGAAUAACACUCGGGAGGCCCUUUCUUUUACUCAAAUUAAGAGAAUCGAAUGUCUCUACAGAUCUCGAGGAGGGCUUGGACCAUUUUGCGUCUCAGAUGGUAUCUUAUUCAUAUGAUGCAGCAAGCCAAAUUGUUGAUGUCCUUUCAACAUUGAAAUCCAAUAAUCUAUUGUCUCGCUACUCAUUUAAUGACUAUAAUGCUUGUCACAAUGCUUCUUUUGUUUUGGUCGUUAACUUGGCUCUUUGUCCGUCCACAGAGGCAUUGCGAAGACUCAAUGAAAGCGUUAGUAUACUAAAGCAGCUGUCCAAGAAUAGUAAGUAUACUCAGAAAAGUACAGGCGUUAUUUUGGACCUGAAAGACGCCGUUGAACAAAGACAAAAGCAUCAACGCUGGAUUGAUGGAGCAGUGCUUGGAAUUGCUGAUGGAAUAGGUCAGGAUAAUUUUAUGGACACCAUGCCUCCCAGUGACAAUAGCGAACCUGAAUAUGAUACUUGGGGCAAAAUUGAUGCCUCUCUGGACGCACUUACGGAUGAGCAUUGGUUUCUUUCGGUAUUUUGCGAAGGUAUGCCCUUAAAUCGUGAUUAUUCUCUCGCAUAUUUGUUUCAGGAUGACUGA